AUGAGAAAGAGCAGGUGGACUAUGAAGCAACUGCAAACAACCAGACUGGACUCCUUGAAGCAGAUGAUUAGGAAAACUAGACAGAGGAGUAUGGAGAAGAAUAGGGUGAUUUGGGCAUCAACAUGGUGUUUAUCUUGUCAGAGAAGUUUAGAGCAGCGGAAGGACAAGAACGCACCAUGGAAAGGGAUGUACUAUCCCAAGAAAGUUUUGAAUGCAGUCGGAACAGCAAAAUAA